AUGACGCGCAACUGUAAAGAGGGACUUCUCUUGUGUUUGAAUGAGAACAGACUGAAACCCAAAGGCUGUGGUCAGGGCCUGCAGCUUGCCGGCCCUAUUAUGUCAUUCAGAAUGUACCACAUUCUCGUGUUGGUCUGUCUUUUACUGGAGGUUCACAUGUCCGCUGCAGACGCUCUGCAGUCGACAGCUGCCACCACCCUAUCAAAUGAGGCGCCACUAGAGGUACCCUGUUUGCCUACCAUUGCUAUAGAUCCAAGCUCUACACCACUUGCAGUGAUGAGCCAACCUGCAAGCAGCAGCAGCAGUAUCAGUCACAGUGUCAGUGCUCCUGAUUUGUCACCGUCCAAUAAUAACAAUAAUAACAAUGACGGUCAGCAGGGUCAGUCAUUCCACUCCCAGAUUUUACCUAAAAUGCCAAAGAACUUUUCCUGGGUUGUGGAUGGUUUUUUGGCUGCCCUCGGAUUUCCUAAUGAGCCCGCCAACAUGAUGUACCUAGUGAAACAUGGUAUUAAAUACCUUAUUAGUUUAACAGCAGAGUUGACUCCAUCAAUUAAAGGCUUUGAAGAUAAAUUAGUUUGGUACCACAUCAAAAUAAAAGAUUUUGCUCCACCCACUUUGGAACAAGUGGACGAAUUUCUAAAAGUUGUGGAGAAAGCUCGAUCUGAAAACACGGGUGUCGCUGUUCAUUGCCUUAUGGGAAAAGGUCGCACGGGCUGUAUGCUGGCUUGCUACUUCGUCAAAGAAUGGGAACUGCCUGCCGAAGAUGCUCUACGCUACGUGAGAGAACUACGUCCUGGUUCUGUUCAGACUAGGGUGCAAGCUGAUGUGGUCCGAAAAUUUGAGAAAAAUUUCAAGGGAGCCCGAGGAGUGACAUAA